AUGUCAUCCCAGCCUUCUGGAACUCCAUCGAGACCAAUUCGUACCAGACAGCCAGUCAAGAACCCAGGCAUGGUGUCACCGUGUGUUGACUCUCGUCGACGAUUGAGUGUCGAAGUUGACCCACCCACGAUGUCGAAAAAGCGUAAAGACCGAACUUACGAACCUUCUCCUGCCGACGAGGAUUCUGACGCCUCCAUUAUCAGUAUUCAUCCUUCGCCUGCUGGUCUGAGUCACAAGGAGAAAAGUAAGGUCACUGGCCCUAGAUCGCAGCCCGGCAAAAAGGCUGCACCUGCAGGUCCAGCAAAUGAUGUGAGUUUCUCUUAUCUACAUCAUCAUGCGCUUUCUGCUCGGCUGUUCACUGAUUAA